AUGUCAAUUGGCUCUGAAGGAAACAUUAUGCAAACGUCGUCAACACCGCAAAAUUCAGCACAAUCACCGCCGGAUCUCCGUCGUGUGUCUGUCCAGUCUCUCAUCAAUGAUCUUCCAAGAAAGCGAUCACGGCCGGCCGGUGAUGAGGUCGGACGUGGCCGACAAUAUCCUAUUGCUGAUUCUGCUUUCACCACCUACGGAUACGACUUGGGUCUCCCUGAUAUCGAUUCUCCGAGGAAUGACGACUUUUCUGCUAUUGCCAUCUUCAGCCCACAAAGCAACACCAUGGGGUUUAACGAGGACAUAUCGUAUGGUAGCACUGACCCCCACGGCAAAGACAUGGCCUUCGAAAGCGGGGGUUAUUAUGCAAAACCAGUUCCGAUCAGGAUUUCGAAGUCUUUAGAACCACUGCCGUCACUGCUCGUAGAGAACCAGAUGAAUCUCUUGUACUUCCAUCACUUCAUCAAUCACACAGCGCGGGUUCUUGUUAACCAUGACUGCGAGCGGAAUCCGUUUCGCGAGAUUUUACCAGAGAUGGCUGUACAAGACGAGAACAUAAUGAAUCUUCUUCUCGCAUAUAGCGCUGCACACCGAGCACGCAUGCUCAAUCACCCCGAGCCCUCAAAUCGCAUCGCCGUCUGGGUGCAAGACGUGUUUCCCAAGCUACGUGAAGCGCUCAACGAUGAUCCCAACACUGUAUCCGACAGUACUCUAGCAGCAGUGAUAAUGAUGGCGAGUCUGGAAGUUAUAUCUUCUGGAACAUUCGAGGUACCUGUAUCCUGGCAAAGCCAUCUAACCAUGGCACGCCAGAUGAUCAUCCAGCGUGGCGGACCAAAGGGCAUGGGACGGCAUGAUCGCGUGGCCUACUUCCUUUCGCGUUGGUUCGCAUACCUCGACGUCCUCGGCUCAUUGAGUGGGAACAAGAACGAUACACCUCUUGGCUCCUUCUACUGGUCUAGCGAAAACGCUUCCGCGGACGAAGAUUUUGAGAUUGACUGUCUAAUGGGCUUUACGACAAGAUGUGUAGGAUCAUUGGCUCGCGUUUCUGAAUUAGCGAAGCGCUGUGAACCGCAGCGUAUCGACGAAGAAGGCAAUGUAAGGGAGGGCUGGACUCCUAGCCCUGAGAUUGUAGAGGAAGCCGUGGAGCUUCGUCACGCACUGGAGGAAGGCUUACUGGACCGCAACAUUAGGAAAGGAUGUAACCACCGCUCGAGUACUUCCUCUGAGUCUGAAGGUGCAUGGGAUGCAACCGAGAUCUACGCCACCAACGAAUUAUUCCACUGGGCAGGUCUAAUCCACUUGUAUCGUCGCGUUCUCGGAAAACCCGCCAUGGACCACGAAGUUCAGCAAGCCGUGCGAGAGAUUGUGGGCCUACUGUACAAGAUCCGGAGAGGAAGUACAGCAGAGGCAUGUUUGAUCUUUCCCAUGUUUGCUGCUGGCUGCGAUGCGCAAGAUGAAGGACAGAGGGAGAAGAUCAUUGAGCGGCUGAGGAGUGUGGAGGGCUUCGGACUGAACCAUGUACCCAAAAUCAGUACGCUCAUGAAGAGCGUCUGGGAUACCGGUAAACCGUGGGAGUCGCUCGUCUCUGGCGAGUUCUUCGGUUGA